CGUGUUACUCUUAGUUACCAAAAACGCUUUGGGGAAAGACUGGCAGUUGGGACAUCACAAAAAAACAAGUUCCAACUGACUUAAGCAGUCAUGGCAGAGUGUGCUUUCCAUCAAGAGGCGCGAAGGCGCCAGGCGAACCUUGAUAGGCAACAAGAAGCAAGGAAAAGGUUUAUAGCUAGACAGUCGCAGAACAUGAGUGGUGCACUGGAUCCAAACCUUUCAGGCGGUAACGACGCUAUAAUGUUUUCAGGAGCUGAUAAUUUUGACACAAAAAGGAAUAAGAACAAUUGGAUGGGGACAGAAAGGGACAAAAGGCAGUAUGACCACAGUCGUAACGGCCCUCUGUUAGACAGCACCUGGCACAACCUGCGCCGACAGCUGUUCAACAUAGGAAUGGUCACUCCCAUUACCACCACUGGCAAACCAACCAGCUUCCAAGACUUGCAGCAAGUCCGUGUGCUCUCCCCAAAGAGAUAGGUUCCAUCUAUGUAACCAAAGACCAUAAGACAAUAUCCUAACCAAAAUACUAUUACCCUACAGCUGCUGAAUAUUUGUACAAUUCUAGAGCAGAGCUUUUAAUGUUAUUUUCAAAUAAUCUUUGAAGUCAUUAUUUUCACCUUUACACAGUAAAAUCCCAGUUCACCUUACCGUAUUCCCAUGUCUUAUCAGUAUUAACGUUUACGCUGUCACUUGCUGUUGUGUUUUUGUUUUAUAGUUUCACAGAUAUAUAUAUCAAAGUUAAUGCUAUUUAUAGAUUUAUAUGCCUGCACAUUUUUAUCGAAUAUUUUGGUUGCAUUCUUGCUUUGUUAUCUUCAUAUUGUUAAAAUUUAUCACAUUUAUAGUCAAGACCAGGUGAGGGAUUAGUUAAGAGAGAGAGAGAGAGAGAACAUGAAAAAGUGAGAAGGAUGAGGACUAGCAGGAAAUUUUGUAGUUUCGUUUUACUAGAUAUCAACCGAUAUUCAUUUUUAAUUUUAAUAUCUGUCAGACACAUCUGCUGGUGUUGGUGUUUAUUUAAAAUUUAUCAAACAUUUUUACUGGUGUAUGUUUACUACUUGUAUAAACAUUUUUUUUUAUUAUUUUCAAAAAUAAACACUUUAAAUAAUUUUGCAUCCAUUUUCAGCCCACCCGAAAUGGUGGGGUACUAGUCUUUAGGAGGGGUCUAUGGAGUGUGAAGGGGAUGUCAGUGUGACAGAUCCAAAAUUUAGAGAGAUGAAGUAGAUAGAUCGCCUUUUUGAGGUAAAGCUAGGGAGACCUGAGAGAUUUCUAACUAUUAGAGUGGUGAUAUGAGAGAGAGAAAAUAAGUCUGGUGCUGUCUUAUAAUUCAGAAUCUCAAAGGGCUUUUAUGUAAUUAGUAUCCAAUACUGUUUACAUACAAAGAUGCAUGAUGCAAAGUUUUCAGUAGUAAAUGUAAUUAAUUACAUGUUAUUUAUUUCCUCUGUUGAUUUUAUAUAUAGACUAUACAGAAUAUAUUGUAAAUGUUAAAUAAGAGAAUGUUAAGAUUGGUUUGGUUCCUGCAGCCAGCAAUGUUAUCCAAUGUUACUGUGUUAUUCUGGGAAUUCACUAAAGUGUAUUGUAUUUAGUCCAUAGUCGCCUUUAUACUGACACUAUUUGCUCAAAGUUGAUUAGAUCAUCAAUAUAUCUAUACACACUAUUUAUUACACGGCUUUAUUGGUGUGAGGUGUCUUGUGUUAAAGGAAUAUUAAAAACUUAAAUGUUG